AUGGCGGACAAGAUCUCAAUCACCAUCUGCGGCGACGGCGGAUGUGUCAAUGGAUUCACGAGUAUCAAUCCCCCGAACCCCAACCAGAUCAACAAACACAGCAUCGCUAACCCUGCGCUCGCUAGAUAUGACCCAACCAUCGAGGACUCCUAUUCAGUCUCUCGUACAGUCGAUGGCCUCCCCUACCUCUUGUCCAUCACCGACACGGCCGGUCAGGAGGAAUACCGCGGGCUCUGGACAGCGUCCACCCUGAGUUCGGAUGCAUUCCUGCUGGUCUACGACAUUACGAACCCUUCGAGCCUGGAGACGCUGGACUACUUCGUGGACCUGAUCAAUAUGGAAGCGGAGCAGCGCGUGGAGGACAAUGAGCGCAUGCGCAAAGACCUCGGCGCCAAAGCCUCCGCCCCAGCUCUCGCGCAGAUGGGUCGACCACCGCCCGUGACCAUGGUGGCGGGCAACAAAUGUGAUCUGAAGGAUGGACGCGCCGUCCCGUCGCGCGAUGGGCUGGAAUAUGCCCGUCGACAUGGCUGCGGAUUUAUGGAGACGAGCGCGCGGGAGAUGGUCAAUAUCGAGGAGACAUUCGCCUCACUCGUCCGUCGGGUGGUUCAGGCGCGACGACAACAUUUUACGCAGGGCGCCUCACCUCGGCCUCCCUCGCGCACCGGCCAUUCUGUGCAGACGACUGCGUUGCCCCCGACAACGGCCGAUGCGGGUAAUCGAGGCGCGCGCAGGACCCAGCCCCGGCGACGUCGAUUCUUUAAGUUUGGACGCGGCUGGAAAGCAGCCGAGAUGAAGGAAGUGGCUGGAGACGCCAAGCGCGGGACAUCGGGCGAGAAAGAGAAGGAGCAUCAGGAGGAGGCUGAGCCCCAGAGAUCGGGCUGGAACUCCAGCCUCGAGGUGUUGCAGACAGGGUCUGGAUCUCUCCACAACUCGGCUAGUACUGUCUAG